ACAAAAGCAAGAUAAAAAAGCCAGUAAGUUUGUUGCGUAUAAAUAUAUAUACCACCUUUCUUGACUUGAUGUUAUUGAUGUCUUUUCGACUCCGCACACAAACACUUCCUUUUUUCUCUCACUUUUUCCGUUACUUAACGUUUGAUGUUAUGGAGAAAUCAGUAUGUGAAAUGAAGGUUUUUUGGGCUAGAUUUUCUCUAAUUGGGUCUUUGGAUGGAAUACGUAAAAGGAAGAAAGAUGGAUUGGAGCUUUGACAUUGUCUUUAUUUGCUAAAAAGUCCAAAAACUGUUUGUAUUUGUCCGUUCUAGUCCUUUUUUACUCUUCAUAUUAAGUCAUUCACUCAGUUAAUUUACCAAAAAGAUAACUCGAAACGAAAAGAAACUCUCUUUCUAGAGAGAGAAUUUUUUGGCUAGGGUUUGUGAAUGUUCAGAAACAUAUAAUUUUUGUCGGAUCAUGUCUAUAUUAUUUUUUCUGUAAUGUUAAGAACGAUCAAUAACAAUGGUUUGGUUUUGAUUGGGUUUUAAACUUCUCUCCGUGAUAAGAUUUGUAUACGAUACUUCAAGUAAAACCCCUUAGAAAGAGGUGAGAGGUGAAUAGAAAGAUGUUUCAGCCGAACAUGUUUGAGAGUCAUCAUCAUAUUCUUGAUAUGAGCCAUAAAGCCCAAGAAAAUGAACUCGACAUGUUAAGAGAUGAUGAUUAUGAGAGCAAAUCAGGCACUGAUAUCAUGGAAGCUCACUCCGGCGAUGAACAAGAUCCUAAUCAACGACCCAACAAAAAGAAACGUUACCAUCGUCACACUCAACAUCAAAUCCAAGAAAUGGAAUCGUUUUUCAAAGAAUGCCCACAUCCAGAUGAUAAGCAAAGAAAGGAACUUGGCAGAAGAUUAACCUUGGAGCCUUUGCAAGUCAAGUUUUGGUUCCAAAAUAAACGCACUCAAAUGAAGGCUCAACACGAACGACAUGAGAACACCCAGUUGAGGAAUGAAAAUGAAAAGCUACGAUCUGAAAACAUACGCUACAAAGAAGCCCUUGCGAAUGCUACUUGUCCAAACUGUGGAGGUCCUGCUGCUAUCGGGGAGAUGUCUUUUGACGAACAACAUUUGAGGAUAGAAAAUGCUCGGCUACGUGAAGAGAUUGAUAGGAUAUCGGGAAUAGCUGCAAAAUAUGUUGGCAAACCAAUGUUGAGUUACCCAAAUAUGUCGCCUCAUGGAUCAAGUCGCUCACUUGACCUUGGGGUGUCUAGCUUUAGCCCACAACAGACUAUGGUUGGAGAUAUGUUUGGUGCGAAUGAGCUUCUUCGAUCAGUUUCAGGCCCAACUGAAGCUGACAAACCAAUCAUAAUCGAAUUAGCGGUUGCAGCGAUGGAGGAGCUAAUAAGAAUGGCUCAUGCGGGUGAACCUUUGUGGGUUCCGAGCUCGGAUAACUCAUCCGAGACUUUGAGUGAAGACGAGUACUUGAGGACAUUUCCCCGAGGGAUUGGUCCGAAACCAUUGGGAUUGAAGUCCGAGGCUUCAAGGGAAUCUGCGGUUGUCAUCAUGAAUCAUAUCACUCUUGUUGAAAUUCUAAUGGAUGUGAAUCAGUGGUCGAAUGUAUUUUCUGGCAUCGUUUCAAGAGCAAUGACCCUCGAAGUGCUGUCAACUGGAGUUGCUGGCAAUUACAAUGGAGCUCUCCAAGUGAUGACAGCGGAGUAUCAGGUUCCUUCACCCCUUGUUCCAACCCGAGAAAACUACUUUGUGAGGUACUGCAAACAACACGCCGAUGGCACUUGGGCUGUAGUCGAUGUAUCUUUAGACAACUUGCGGACUUCAUCAAUUUCAAGAUGUAGAAGAAGGCCUUCAGGUUGCUUGAUUCAAGAACUUCCCAAUGGGUACUCAAAGGUCACUUGGGUUGAACAUGUUGAAGUCGACGACAGAGCUGUUCACAGUAUCUAUAGGUUGCUUGUGAACACCGGCCUUGCAUUUGGUGCAAAAAGAUGGGUAGCAACUUUGGAUAGGCAAUGCGAGCGUCUUGCAAGCGCAAUGGCUAACAACAUUCCUGCAGGAGAUGUCGGAGUGAUAACCACUCCAGAAGGGAGAAAGAGUAUGCUGAAGCUGGCUGAGAGAAUGGUUUUAAGCUUUUGCAGCGGUGUUGGAGCUUCAACUGCACACACAUGGACAACUCUGUCAGGUAGUGGGGCUGAUGAUGUCCGGGUUAUGACCCGGAAGAGUAUGGACGACCCGGGAAGACCUCCAGGUAUUGUGCUGAGUGCUGCAACUUCCUUCUGGAUACCGGUUCAACCAAAACGGGUUUUUGAUUUUCUAAGGGAUGAGAACUCUAGGAGCGAGUGGGACAUUCUUUCAAAUGAUGGAUUAGUUCAAGAAAUGGCACACAUUGCCAAUGGUCGUGAUCCAGGAAACUGUGUUUCCCUUCUACGUGUUAAUAGUGCAAAUUCAAGCCAAAGCAACAUGCUCAUAUUACAAGAGAGUUCAAGUGAUUCUACGGGAUCUUAUGUUAUCUAUGCUCCAGUAGAUAUUGUAGCGAUGAACGUGGUAUUAAGUGGAGGUGAUCCAGAUUACGUUGCUUUGUUACCUUCUGGUUUUGCUAUACUUCCUGAUGGACCUGGACAAGAUCAAGGAGGAAUUCCUGAGUUAGGUACUGGUGGAUCAUUACUAACGGUGGCAUUUCAGAUUUUGGUAGAUUCGGUUCCUACAGCCAAAUUAUCGCUUGGAUCGCGUCUCCAUGAAGACAUUCAUGGGGUUUUUUUUAAGAGAGUGUUUAAGGGAAGUGGAGAUGAAGAUGUAGACAGGCGGUGUUCACUCUUUCAUCUUUUGAACAAAAUGGAAGAAGUCAAGAACGCACCUAAAAACGACCCAUUGAAGUGUGGUGGUGACUCUGUCAAUCUGAAGUAACGGAUACAAGAAAGCAUGGUGAUCAUCAACAUCCUUCAAGGGUUAUGGGUUCGGGUAUUGACUUUGCCUAUCUUGAAAGAUGAAAGCGUAAACUAAGACCUUGUCAUAAUUAAAACUUCCCGAUAUUAAUUUUCUUUUGCUUUAGGGUUUUAUCAGAGGUACUUUUUUUUUUCUUAAUGUAAUUGUGUUUUGUAGUAUGUGGUUUUUAGUCUCAAGACCGUAUUUGGUUUCUAGUCUCCGGAUCUUUAAUCCUAAGUCCUAACUAACGAUUCUCUACUUUUUAUUAAUAAUUUCGUAUCAUCGUAUUGUUUUUUGCCCAAAGUCUAGUCAUUUAUUGUCUACAUCAUAUGCCUAUAUAUGGAUAUUUGUAUGUCUAGUUGUAACAAAAACACCUGAAAGAGUGCAUUGUUGUAUUUGUUUUAGCUUUGCCACACAUGUAUUAUAUCAUAUAUUUGCUAUUCAAAUCGGC